CUCUUGAUGUUACUGAUGAGAACAUUUAUAAGGUACUUGAUGAAGUUAAAAUUUUUGGUCGCACUAAAAUCAGAGGACGGUGUCUAACACGCACAAACAACAAUCAGUCCGUAUUAGUUGAGACCACAGAUGACAUGACUAAAACUGACUUACCUGAACAGUUGGUUGCUGGGGACCCGUCAGACUUGUGGGUAGUAAGUGUCCCUGAUUUUCAGACUUUCCAUGUGACUAGUGACAAAAGAGGUUUCCAAUCCAAGCUAGUAUCAUUCUUAGCCAGUGAAGGAAAGACUUUAGAUGAUGUGACAGGUUUGCUUAAGACCACGCCUGCCCCACCCGCUGUUCCUGACUUGAACACAGAGCUUGUCAAUGCCAUCUCUUUGCUUGUGGAAAAAUGUCAAGCCCCGCCUAUGGACGGACAAUGCUAUCGAAAACUUCGCUUCUUCUCGGGCAUAAAGCCAACGCUACCUGGAGAAGAGGAGUAUGACUCUUGGGCGGAACAGACCACCCACCUGCUGGAUGAGUGGCAAUGUUCUGAUGUUGUCAAGAAACAGAGAAUCGCUGAAAGUCUCAAAGGGCCUGCAGCAGAUAUUAUCCGGGGUUUAAGAGCCACUAACCCCAGUGCCACUGAGUAUCUUAAGGCCCUAGAAACAGCUUUUGGGACCACAGAUAGUGCAGCUGACCUCAUGGUAAAGUUCCGUAACACACUCCAGCAAGAAACUGAGAAGUUGUCAGGAUACUUACUCAGGUUAGACAAACUGCUGCACGCUGUUCAUCGGAAAGGUGGGAUCGACGUCACUGACAUGAACAGGACACGCAUCGAGCAAAUUGCUAGAGGUGCUCUCACUCAUGAUUUUGCUGCACUUCGUAUAAGGAUGACUUACAAGCUAAAGCCCGCUCCAAGCUUCACAGAGCUCCUUCGUGAGGUAAGAGAAGAAGAGGGGAUGGUUCUUGAAAGAGAAAGAGUGAAGAAUGUUGUUUCUUCAUCUGCGGUUAAGUGUGCAGGUUGUGCUACGGCGUCAGUGGUGUCAAAACAACCAGAGUCUGCACCAUCAGUAGCUGUUGGAGUGGAGACCGACCAUGCCAUAGAGAGUCUGAAGAAGGAAAUUCAGGGGCUUAAAAGUGAUAUUGCACGUCUGCUAUCUGUCUCUGUCGCUACAUCAGAAAGUCCACCACAGCAUGCAAUCCAGAACCACACUCAAAAAGCUGCUGUAAAAUAUGCAAGUGGGAAAGAGAGAACUCCCAGAUUUCAAUAUGGUGCAGAUGUUUUUUGCUACAAAUGUGGUGAAGAUGGUCAUUUUCAGCGGGAGUGUGAAAACCCAGAGAAUCUCCGAAAAGUAAAUAAGCGUCUCCUGAAAGCAAAACAGCUGAUGGGAAACUUCCCAGGAGCUCAGUAAAGGAACGGCCUGAUGCUCUGGAGAGAACACGUUCCACAAAGUGUGAUACGCUAAAAGAAAGCAAGGCUGAUUUGCCAGAGGGUUUAAUUGGACCUAGUUCUGUUGUUCCUGUACAAGUUGAGGGCAUCUACGCCAAAGCUUUGCUUGAUAGUGGGUCCCAAGUUACCCUGCUGUACCGCUCCUUUUAUGACAAGUAUCUGAAACACCUGCCCUUGACCCCUAUUGAGUGCUU